UCUACAUGUUGUUAAAACGCCGUUGUUUUUAUUAAAUUUUAAAUAUUUCUAAAGUUUCAAAUAUGAGUGGAAUUGAUAAUUUAAUCGAACAGUUGGCUUCUGCAACUGUGGAAGAUGAGAAAGAAGAAAAGUCUGUUAUAUUUGCUAGCCGCGGCUUAAAAUUGGAUACCGAAGCAGAUGCAAAGGAAAUUAUUGACGCUUUAAAUGAUUGUCCUGGUAUGACAACAUUUAAGCUAGAAGGUAACACAGUUGGAGUUGAUGCUGCCAAGGCAAUAGCAAAGGCUCUGGAAACCCAACCUAAAUUUCGAAAAGCAUUAUGGAAAGACAUGUUUACGGGACGUGAUAAAGAUGAAAUUCCCAAAGCUUUGGAGUACCUCAGUAAUGGACUUAUGACAUCACAAGCUAGGUUAGUAGAAUUAGACCUGAGUGACAAUGCCUUCGGGCCUCGUGGAUUGGUUGGACUCGUUAAACUAUUGGAAUCGCCUUGCUGUUAUACAUUGCAAAAAUUGUUGCUGAACAACAAUGGAUUGGGAAUAUCAGGAGCUAAAAUGUUAUCAAAGGCUAUGUGUAAUAGCAUUGAGAACAGUCGCAGAGAUGGAUCUCCUUUAGCAUUGAAAACUUUUGUCUGCGGUAGAAAUCGACUUGAAAAUGAAGGUGCUACAGCCAUUUCUAAAUUUUUAAAGCAGCUAGGUUCUUUAGAAUCUGUUGCCUUGCCACAAAAUGGAAUAUACUUUCCCGGUGUAAAAGAACUUGCAGAAGCAUUUUCUUCAAAUCCAAAUUUGCGGGUCAUCAACUUGGAAGAUAACAGCCUCACUGAAAAGGGUGCAAGAUUCAUUGCAAGUUGUCUAUCAUCAUUACACAAAAUCCAAAUGUUAAAUUUUGGAGACUGCAUCAUUCGUAAUGGAGGAGCCUUUUCGUUAGCAGCUGCCCUAAAAGACAGCUGUCCAGAUUUAAGAGAAUUGUACUUAGGCUUUAACGAAAUAAAAACGGAAGGAGCAAAGGCCAUUAUUGAUGCUGUUGGAAACAAAGAAAAUUUGGGAACGUUAGUUUUAAAUGGCAAUCAAUUUGGAAUAUGUGGAUGUGAAGAAAUUUCAUCUAAAAUGGCUGCAAUAGGCAAAGAGUCUGCACUUGGUACUUUAAGUGAAGAUGAAGAAGAAGACGAUGAUGAUGAUGAAAAUGAUGAUGACGAAGGUGAUGAAGAAAAUUGUGAAGAUGAGGAGGAGGAUGACGAGGAUGAUGAUGUUGACACAGAUUCACAAGAUGAAAUUGAUAUCAAAUCAGAUGAAGACAUCAACCAGAAAAAAUCUCCACACCGUAGCCCUAUGUUCAAAACAAGCCCAAAAGAUUAUUAUUCAAAUCCCACUCCUGAAUCUCUUAUUAACUUACACAAAACAAAUGAAAAUAUCUUAAGUGCUCUUCCUGAAAACCCGAGUGUAAGCGAUUGUUUUGAUUUAUUUCUAAAGAUAAGCAUGGCUGUGAAACCAGAAAAUGAAAAAGCAAAAUCCGCGGCUUGCAAAUAUGCUGAUGAUGUUUUGUCCAAAGCCUUUGAAAUUUGUUCAGACGAUAUCUCUCAGUUCAAUAAUAAUUUCCUUGUUUACCUUGGACUCAUCAAAGGAGAAGAUAGAAAAAAGGGGAAGAAAAUUGACAUUACUGGUGCUCUUUUGAUUCUGUCUCAUUCUGUGAAAAUGCCAUACUUUCAUUCCUCAACUAAGGAAUUUUUACAAUUUUUCCUUUCCAGGCCUCUCACAUAUUGUACUGCUUCCAGUCAGUCAACACAUGUAUUGAUGCAAAGUCUCUUUCAGGCAUGAUCUGAAUAAACAGGCCUUUUUUUACUGUCCUAUUCGUUUUGAGUGAAUGAUAUUGACAUAAUGUAAGUGCAUCAUUGUGCAUAAUCCAAGAAAAGUAUUCCAUAACGUUUAAAAGCUGGCUUUUUUGGAAAACCUGUUUUUGUGUGAGGAAUAUUCAAAAUGAUUCAAUAUAUCCUAAUUUCUUGCACUUUUUGAGUGUCUUGUUAGUGCAGUAUAACCCCGAUUUAACAAUUGUCAAGAGACUGUAAUAAGUUAUUGUUAAAUCUAGGAGCAUAUACAUUCAAUGCAGUUAAAUCUGAACCAGGGAAAUGUAUCAUUAAAUUAAGGAAAUCCUUAAAUCGAAGUUAUACUGUACAUCAUUCCAAAAAGUGAGAAGUCUUAUUCAAUGCUAUUUUGAAAAAUAAAGUUGAACUUUUUGAUAUA